CGAAGAUCGGGCGGCGUAUUUAGAUCUCAAGCGAGAGUCACCUUCCAAAAUUGCAGCGAGUCUUCUGAAUUGAUCGGUCUCCGGUAAGCGCAAUGAGGAAAUGGAUGAUCCCUUCCGCUCUCCUACUACUCAUCAUUUUCUCUACCCUUCCCGAUCAAGGUCGUAAGCUUCAAGCGAAUGCAGAAGACAGUGGCGAUGCAGAUGAGCUCGAGAGUCCGCCGAAGGUGGAGGAGAAGCUCAGAGCUGUACCUAGCGGAGUGUCCACCGACUCUGAUGUCACCAAGAGAGAGGCGGAGUCGAUCGCGCAGAACUCUCUGCGUAGUAGCUCGGAGAAGUUUGAGUUCCAGGCUGAAGUGUCGCGGUUGAUGGAUAUAAUCAUCAACUCUCUAUACAGCAACAAAGAUAUCUUCUUGAGGGAGCUCAUCUCUAAUGCCUCUGACGCAUUGGACAAGAUCAGGUUCCUUUCGCUCACUGAUAAAGAGGUCCUAGGGGAAGGCGACAAUGCAAAACUUGAGAUUCUGAUUAAGUUGGACAAGGAGAAGAAGAUUCUUUCUAUCCGGGACAGAGGUAUUGGUAUGACAAAAGAAGAUUUAAUUAAAAACUUGGGAACCAUAGCCAAAUCUGGAACCUCAGCUUUUGUUGAGAAGAUGCAGGCGAGUGGUGAUUUGAAUCUCAUUGGCCAGUUUGGCGUUGGGUUUUAUUCUGUAUAUUUAGUAGCUGACUAUGUUGAGGUCAUUAGCAAGCAUAACGAUGACAAGCAAUAUGUCUGGGAAUCUAAAGCUGAUGGCUCAUUUGGCAUCUCUGAAGACACAUGGAACGAGCCUUUGGGCCGCGGAACUGAAAUCCGCCUGCAUCUUAGAAAUGAAGCCAAGGAGUAUCUAGAUGACAAUAAGUUGAAGGAGUUGGUCAAGAAGUAUUCUGAGUUUAUCAACUUCCCAAUUUAUCUCUGGGCAAGCAAAGAGGUGGAUGUGGAAGUUCCUUCUGAUGAAGAGGAGUCUAGCGAUGAAGAAGAAUCAUCUGAAACAUCCACUUCAGAAGGAGAAACAGAGGAGGAUGAAGCUGAGUCAAAGCCAAAGAAAAAGACUGUUAAGGAGACCACUUAUGAGUGGGAGCUUCUGAAUGAUAUGAAGGCAAUUUGGCUCCGGAGUCCAAAGGAGGUUACUGAAGAAGAAUACACAAAAUUCUACCAUUCGAUCUCAAAGGAUUUCGGCGAUGAAAAACCUUUAGCUUGGACUCACUUUGUCGCUGAAGGUGAUGUAGAAUUUAAGGCAUUGCUUUUUGUUCCUCACAAGGCGCCCAGUGAUCUCUAUGAGAGCUAUUAUAAUACCAAAAAGUCCAAUCUGAAGCUUUAUGUUAGGAGAGUGUUCAUUUCUGAUGAAUUUGAUGAGCUUCUUCCCAAGUUUCUCAACUUCUUGAUGGGUUUGGUUGAUUCCGACACCCUCCCACUUAACGUAUCACGAGAGAUGCUUCAACAACAUAGCAGUCUGAAGACGAUUAAGAAGAAAUUAAUACGCAAGGCUCUUGAUAUGAUUCGGCGAAUUGCUGAUGAAGACCCUGAUGAAUAUUCUAAUAGAAAUAAGACAGAUAAUUCAAAUGAGAAUGAAGAGAAGAAGGGGCAGUAUACAAAAUUCUGGAAUGAAUUUGGCAAAUCUAUAAAGCUCGGCAUCAUUGAAGAUGCACAAAACAGAAAUCGUCUUGCUAAGCUUCUUAGGUUUGAGAGCACAAAGUCAGAAGGGAAGCUUACUUCGCUGGAUGAGUACAUUUCUAGAAUGAAAACUGGACAGAAGGACAUUUUCUAUAUUACUGGAACCAGUAAAGAGCAGUUGGAGAAAUCUCCAUUCCUUGAGAGGCUCACAAAGAAGAACUACGAGGUCAUUUUCUUUACUGACCCAGUCGAUGAAUACUUGAUGCAAUACCUGAUGGACUACGAAGACAAGCAUUUCCAGAAUGUGUCUAAGGAAGGCCUGGAACUUGGGAAGGAGUCCAAGAACAAAGAUCUCAAGGAUUCUUUCAAGGUUCUUACCAAAUGGUGGAAGACUGCUCUUGCCAGUGAAAAUGUCGACUCUGUAAAGAUCAGCAACCGUUUGGACAACACUCCCUGUGUUGUGGUCACAUCUAAAUACGGCUGGAGUGCAAAUAUGGAGAAGAUCAUGCAGGCACAGACUCUCUCAGACGCGGGCAAGCAAGCUUACAUGCGUGGCAAGAGGGUUCUUGAGGUUAACCCAAGGCAUCCCAUUAUAAAGGAACUACGGGAAAGAGUUGCUACAGAUCCCGAGGAUGAGAGCUUGAAACAGACGGCCAGACUCAUAUAUCAUACAGCAUUGAUGGAGAGCGGUUUCAACCUGGCUGAUCCCAAGGACUUCGCCAAUAGCAUUUACGGUUCUAUCAAGAAGAGUCUUGACAUUAGUCCAGAAGCAGCUGUGGAAGAAGAGGAAGAAGCAGAAGAAAUUGAGGCUGAGACUGAGGCUGAAGAGAAGAGAUCGAAUACCAUAACUAUCGAUACAGAGGACAUCCAAGAGGCGGCUGAGUUCUCUCUCAAAGAUGAAUUGUAGAAGAAAAUCAGUCUAUGUUUCGGAAAAAUGGUUGAACGUUUUUAUUUUUCUCUUUUUGUGGAGGGUGCUUGAUUGCCCCCUCCCUCUCAAGGUAGGAGAAGUUCCCUUUGCCGUCUGAUCUCUUUUGUAAGAGUGUGAUCGGAAUAACUUUUGAGGUAUUUGCGGAUGAUCCUUCUUAACUAAUUAAACUUUUAAUGAACUUAAAAAUUUUCUUGGUUCAGUUUACCUUA